CCAUAUUUUAGCAUUCUUUGAUGGCUCCAAGAACACGGCUUUCUACUUGUUCCAUAAAAGAGUCAGUUUUGACAUGAUUUUCAGUUACAGCCUUGAUGACCGUGAAGAUAAACUAGUGUUUUUCAGUGAAUAUAGGCAUCAUUUUUGAAUAGAGAACCACCCAAAUUCAAAGUUCUCCCACGAGCUCCAUAUGAAAACAUUCCUCCGUUAUUAAACUGUCUUCUCUCCUGUUCCAUUCAUCUCCUUCUUCUCAUUCAAUUACCAGUGCGCUCCCUCGAGUCUCCUUUCUCUGUUCUCCUGGUCGCCUCCAAUUUGCAGCAGCAAAAAAAAAAAAAAAAAACCACCUUUUGCACCUCACUGUCCUUUCCCGGCAAGAUUCUUUUUUUCUUAAUUGUUCGAGCACAGAUCACUAGAUCACUAGCACUAUGCUGAGGAUCUCCGGGUUUCCGUCGCUGCUGCUCGCUUUCGCGUGGGGAUUCGCCGUCUUCCUGCCUUCUCCGUCGACUUCCGAUGAGGUCGCCGCGUUGGGCGCUUUCAAGAAUGCGAUAUCCGAUGACCCUUUUUCGAGGUUAUCGGACUGGAAUCCCAACGAUGAAAACCCUUGCAAAUGGACUGGCGUGAGAUGCUCUUCUUAUCCUCAGAGUUACGUGAUUUUCAUUGUCCUCUCCAAUUCAUCUCUGAAGGGAUUCCUGACACCACAGCUUGCCAUGUUGCAUUGGUUGCAAGAAUUAGUUUUGGAUAACAACUUACUUAUUGGGUCCAUACCUUAUCAACUAAGCAUGUUGGAGAACCUUCUUGUGUUGGAUUUGAGUGUAAAUCAGCUCUCAGGUCCCAUUCCUCCAGAGCUUGGAAACUUAACCAGUAUUACAAAAAUAGACCUUCAUUCUAAUAGAUUUACUGGUGCUAUACCCCUGGAGCUUGGACAAUUGGCAAACCUAGUGGACUUGAGGCUAGAUUGGAAUAGACUCGACGGUGUAAUCCCUGGAAGUAACGAUUCAAAUAUGCUAGCUUCUCAGAGUAAUACAUCAGGCUUAUGCCAAUUAACUCACUUAAGAGUUGCAAAUUUCUCCUACAACUAUUUCGUCGGCCAGAUCCCCUCAUGCAUGAACUAUCUUCCAAGGUCAAGUUUUCAAGGGAACUGUUUCAGUAGUGACAGUUCCAUGUUUCAAAGCUGUGAUGGUGAAUGUAAGAAUCAAGUGAAAUGUAUCUUGAGGAAUAGCAGUGACUCAAAUGAGGCAUCCACAAGCAAUUACUCUGAAGGGCGUAGACACAAGAAAUUUUCACAACCUAUUUGGCUUCUGAUUCUUGAAAUUUCUACUGGAGCUCUUGUACUUGUGUUCCUAAUCACAUGCAUUUUCACUGCUUGUAAUAGAUGCAAAAGAAAACGUUCUAUUUUCUCGCGGAGAAAAAUUCCAAGACUGAAGGAUAGGCCUGCAGUAUCUAUUGACAUAAAUCUCCUGAAACAUGUACUGAAAAUGAACUACCAGGAUCUUGAAGCAGCUUGUGAGGAUUUUAGUAACAUAACUGGGUCUUAUCUGCACAGUGUAGUUUACAAAGGCACUUUGAGGAAUGGGCUUGAAAUUGCUGUCAUUUCACUUUCUAUUACAGAAGACCGAUGGACAAGUUCUCAUGAACAUGCCUUUGUAAAUGAGGUAGCAGAUCUAUCAAGGAUAAAUCAUGAAAAUGCAGCGAAAUUGCUUGGUUACUGCCAAGAAAACACUCCAUUUGCUAGAAUGGUUGUCUUCGAAUAUGCAUCAAAUGGGACACUUUAUGAGCACAUCAAUUGUAGUGAUGGGGGUCAGCUAUCUUGGCUCAGACGGAUGAAAAUUGCUAUUGGAAUAAGUAGUGGACUAAGAUAUCUACAUACAGAACUUCAGCCCCCGUUAACAAUAUCAGAAUUGUCUUCUGAUUCAGUGUACCUCACAGAAGAUUUUUCUCCCAAGUUGGUUGAUUUUGAGAGAUGGAAUAAUACACUCUCAAAAUCAAGGAUGCAUUCUGGACAUAUCAUGCAUGGAGGUUCAAUCGACAACAUUGAGGAUGUUCGUAGAAGUCAAUUUAGGAAUGUGCAGAAAAAUAUAUAUGCCUUUGGAGUAAUUUUACUGGAACUAAUAAGUGGGAAACCACCGUACAGCAAAGAAAGAGGAGGCUUGUUGGAUUGGGCUAAAGAAUACUUGGAUCAUCCGGAAGAAAGAGAGAAACUAAUAGACCCUGAGCUGAAAUACUUCAAACCAGAAGAUCUUUCCAUAAUAUGUAAUGUUGUGAGCCUUUGCCUUGAAUCUGAACCAUCAAAGAGGCCGUCGAUGCAGAUUCUAAGUGCCAUGUUGGAAGAUGGUAUAGAUAUCACAGCUGCUGCUGUUCUCAAGGAAUCAUCUUUAGCAUGGGCAGAGCUACUGAUAGCAUCAUAGCAUUGGAGCAACACAAACUGUAAAUUUCAGAUUUAGAUCAGAAAGAAGCUUUGUUUCACACAUUUUGUUUUGGUUCUUUUUGCUUUUUAAUUUGUUUGUUAGAGUGAUUGAAUUUUCAUCACAAUAGUUGGCACUUCAUCGGUAAAGAUGUUUGAAGGAACUUUGGUUUAAGGUUUAAAAUCUCAUUCCGAGAUGGAGUUUCAAUCAGCUAGAGUGAGAUGGUUUCAGCACUGUGUCGGCGUGUCCAUAUAUGGUGAUAGUGGCAAAUUAGAGGUGGAAGAAGUAUGAAGAUGAAAAA